AUGCCGAUCGACAUUCUUUCCACAGCCAUUUUUGAUGGACCGGAGAGUAUCCCCGGGUGGCAAUAUUUCCGAACAUACGCGCCAUAUGUGGCAGCGGCCGGCGCCAUCAAGUACUACUUCGGUGGCGCGUCAUCCAACUUCGACCGCGAGUUGCACGGGCGAGUUUUCAUUCUUACGGGCGGCACUUCGGGGCUCGGUGCCCAGGUCGCAUACGAGUUGGCCCUGCGGGGCGCGCAGCUUGUGCUCUUGUGCCGCCAGACAGACGACCCGUGGACGAUUGACUUUAUUGAAGACUUGCGCACAAAGACAAACAACUUUAUGAUCUACGCUGAGAGCUGCGACUUGGCGCUGCUCCACUCGGUGCGACUCUUCGCCACGCGCUGGCUUGACAACCAGCCGCCGCGCCGCUUGGACGGGGUGGUGUGUUGCGCCGCCGACUGCCUUCCCCGCGGUAAAGUGCGCCAGGCGACCGUAGACGGCGUCGAACGCCAGACGGGCGUCAACUACUUGGCGCAUUGCCACUUGCUCACACUUUUGCAGCCAGCUCUACACGUACAGCCGCCAGACCGAGACAUCCGUGUGGUGGUGGUGACGUGUGCGUCGCAGGCUGUGGGAGAAUUGGACGUGACAGACUUGACGUGGCUGCGCAGAGCAUACCCGGCCACACGGCCCUGGACGGUUUUUGGCGCCUCCAAACUCAUGUUGGGCAUGUUUGCGCGCCUGUUCCAGCGCGAGUUGUGCCGCUACGAGCGCAAGGACAAGGCACCAUGUAACAUCAAGGUAAGCAUUGUCAAUCCGGGGAUCAUGCGCACGCCGUCGACCCGCCGCUUUUUGCUGAUGGGCACCAUCUGGGGCUUGGUGUUGUACGUGCUCUUGUUCCCAAUAUGGUUCUUGUUCUUGAAAGACGCUCGUCAAGGCGCGCAGUCGGUCUUGUGGGCCUUGUUCUCUCCGGUUCUUGGCGCACAAGACGGCGGCAAUCUUGUUCAGGAGUGCAAGAUUCUUACUCGUGGUCGCAAGGAGUACUGGGAUUACGACCUUCAGGAUGAAUUGGCAGCCGAGACGCAAAAGGCCAUCGAACAAUUGGAGCGUCAGCUGGCGGUGGAGCGGAAGCGCGCAGGAAAAUCCGACAAGAAGGUGUCGGAGGCUGAUCUCCGUGACAAACCGACGUCCCAGGAGGAUUUGGAGCGCAAGUUGGAAGCCAUGCGUAGUGCGAUGGCACCCAUGGGCACAGGACGGGCAUCGCUCUUUGAACCGGCUCGCCGGCGCGAGAAAAAGGCGUAG